AUGUCUUCCACAACCACAACCAUCCCCCCACCAUCUUCCCUCAUCCGCCUCGCCAUCCUCGAAGCCGACACCCCCCCCGCCGGCACACACGCCCGCUACAACGGCUACCGCGGCGUCUUUACGCACCUCUUCACGCGGGCCCUCGCAUCUCCUUCACAGGAACCACUCUCCUCCUAUCUAACCAUAACCGCCCACGACGUCGUCAACAUCUCCCCCUCGGAUCCCUACGCCAACUACCCCUUUUUAUCCGAAAUCGACGCAAUCCUCAUCACGGGAUCCAAACACAGCGCGUUUGAGAAUGACCCAUGGAUUUUGACUCUGACGGAAUUUGUCAAAAAGGCCAUCACAAAAGGUGACGCCGAAAACGGAGGGAGGACGAUCAAAGUAAUCGGCGUCUGUUUCGGACAUCAAAUCGUCGGACGAGCGUUGGGCCAAACGGUGGAACGCAACGAAAGGGGUUGGGAAAUUAGUGUGACGCGGGUUGGGUUGACGGAGGCUGGAAGGGGGAUUUUCAAGGGGAGGGAGGAUUUGAAAAUUCAACAAAUGCAUCGUGAUCACGUCGUGGGCGUGCCAGAGGGUGCGCAACUCCUUGCUUCUACGGACGUCUGCGAGAAUCAGGGGUUCAUUAUCCCCGGGAAAGUGUUGACAGUGCAGGGCCACCCGGAGUUUACGGUGGAUAUCAUGGAGGAGCUAUUGGAGUCGCGCAGGGCGAUUGGCCUUUUCAACGAUGAGCUGUUUGGAAGUGGUGUGGAGAGGAAUAAGGUGGAUGAUGGUUUGUUCAUAGCCCAGGCCUUUUACAGGUUUCUUUUGCAGGAUUGA